ACUAACAACCAGUUUGACAGGAACCGUGGCAUGUGGAGGUAGUGCCGCUCGGUUUCGUAAAGUAACAUUGAUAAUAUCAAUGUUUAUAAACAGAAUUCGAUAAGAUACAGAAACUAAUACGUCUAUUUAUGAAUAAAAUAACAGACUUUUGUACAAUAAUGUGUUAAUUCGCGAGUUUAUUUAGUUUUUCUGUGGGAUUUGUACGUUUUAUUCGAGUGUGUAAUCUUGUAUCGGCGAGAACUCAGCAUCGUUGAUUUUGUUGGGACGGUGGAUGAAAAUGUGAAACAAAUGUGUGCUGGUGAACUUUUCGUGGUUAUGGACUUGGUGUUGAUACUUUGAGACGCUUGUGGAGCUGGAUCUGACAGUAUGAAGUGUUUGGUGUUCUUGUUGAUGUUGCCUGCGUGCCUGGCACAUCUCAAUGUUUAUCUCAGCAGCGCCGAAGUGUGGAGGUUAUUGGGUUUGACAGCAGAACUGUUCUAUGUGCGUGACGGGCAGAUCAAUGAGUACGCUCUCAACUUCGUGGUGCCGGUGCCCGCUACCAUCAGCGACCUGCACUUCACGUGGCAGAGUCUUACGAGGAAACCGUUACCAUACACAGUAUCCGUGCAAGUGGGUGGGUCGGGUGGGUCAACGGAAGCCAUGCACCCACCAACACUUAACAUUUCGAGUGAGGGGUACGUGCCUACGGAGCCGCAAACUUGGCGAGUGGACUUGCCCUGCACUCACACCGUCGCCGCUGAAGUGGACAUUCUUAUAGUGUUAAACGUGUCAACGGGUUCCUCGUCCUCUACGUUGCUAUUCCGCCGAAAAAAGAUAUGUCUUAAAGAGGCUCCAAGACCACCCGUUAGAGUAGACAGUGUACCGCAUGCGCCAACAUCUGCAGACAUAUUCUAUGCGGGGGCCGGUUGCGCUGGCGGAGCCAUCCUUAUAGCGGCGGCAGCUGCUGCAGCCUGCAGGGCCCGAGCGAGGAAAUUGCGAAGAACGAGAAGUGAUGAACAAGACGCUCAUGCUUUUUUACCUGAUUCGUCAUGCAAGUCUGCUGCUAGCUACACCAGCUAUCGUAGACCUACCUCAAUACCAGCCGCGGCGGCCGAGGAAAAAGCGAGAGAUUUGCAACAGAGAAUAGCGGAGCUGACUAUACAGCGAUGCCGAGUCAGACUGCGGUCAGUAGCUAUGGAGGGAACCUUUGGUCGCGUGUACAGAGGUACCUACGCUGAUGAAGACGCACGGGAGCAAGAAGUCCUCGUGAAAACUGUGGCUGAACAUGCCUCUCAAGUGCAGGUAUCCCUGCUUUUGCAAGAAGGAUGUAUGUUAUACGGGUUGCAUCACGAAAGAGUACUCUCAGUACUCGGUGUUAGCAUUGAGGAUCAGACGGCUCCGUUCCUACUGUAUCCUUGGAACUCGACGUGGCGGAACUUGAAGCAGUUCCUGCUGGCCUGCCGAGGGGUCUCGCUGGGAGGGCCGGGCGCUGUGGGCGCGCCGCCCCCGCCGCUCACCACACAGCAUGUCGUGAGAAUGGCCCUCCAUGCCUUAGAUGGACUGCUGUACCUUCACUCACAGCAUGUCUUACAUAAGGACAUCGCCGCUAGGAAUUGCAUAGUGGACGAAAAUCUUCGAGUGAUGAUCGCCGACAACGCUUUAUCACGAGAUCUUUUCCCUGCUGAUUACCACUGUCUCGGUGACAACGAGAACAGGCCAAUCAAGUGGUUAGCGCUGGAGGCACUCACCAAGAGACAAUUCAGUCCAGCGGCUGACGUUUGGGCCCUAGGAGUGUUACUAUGGGAGCUCACUACGCUGGCUCACCAGCCGUACGCUGAGGUGGACCCCUUCGAGGUAGCCGCGUACUUAAGGGACGGCUACCGGUUGCAGCAGCCCGCCAACUGUCCAGAUGAACUGUUCGCGGUGAUGGCGUACUGUUGGGCGAUGUCGCCCGACGACCGGCCGACGUUGCCGCAGCUGCAGAUCUUCCUGAGGGACUUCCACACGCAGCUCACGAGAUUCGUUUAAAUCAUUCCUUUAUGACUUUUAGAGAUCCCAAAGACGACAAUAAAGUGUUAAAUAAAGUCAACUAUAGUGAGAUACAUUGUGGACGCGAGAGGCCUUACCGUGAAGUGCGAGUGACCGUGUACAGUGGACUUUAAGAGACUGAUUAUAUGCGUUUAUUUGAUUGUAAAUUAUUUAAUUGAACGUUGUUAUCACAUAUUUGGUUUUCAUCUCCAUGUAUUUCUAUCGGUUCCAUCUAUGGUUUUGCCCUAGAUUGUCUAAUACUUGCUUGAUAUUAUUACUUACUGGUACACCACGCUGUAUUACGGAAUAAAUAGAAUAUUAAUGGUAAUUGCACAAAUUGCUUCCAGUAAAGGUAAAAACCUGAGGUAAUAACCUGCGUAGGAAGCUACAAUCACGCCUUAUAUUGCUUAGUCAAGUACCGAAUGUAGCAAUUAUUAUUAGAAUGAUCUCAUUCACAUUACAUACAUAUGGCGGGCAAAUGCAGCGUGGUGGACGGAGUAAGUACACACUGAUUAUAUGUAUUAGAAAUCUUUGUCAAAAUAGUUCGUCUAUAUUCACGAUGAAAAUUAUGUUGAAAAUAAAAGACGAUUUUGUUCGAAACCCUUGGAUCGAAACAUAUAAUCUCAUUGGACAUGUAUUAUUUGAAUCAUACCAUGAGGAAAAUGUAUUCUAUUACAUAAUGUAUUAAAUAACUUAUAUCAAACAUGAUUCGUUUGAGGAUUUCGAAUUUAAUUGUUUUCGAAGGAUUCCCGCCGUUUACUUUUUUCUUCUUUUAGAAAUGUCAGCACAGCUUUACCGUUUUUGAAUUUAGAAAAAAGUUUUCGCUUAACAUACCAGCUAUUCAAUAUGUGAUAACCACUGAUAAAAAUAGCUCUCAUAGACAAAUGAUAAUUCUUGCGUAACGAUGACAUUCUUUAAAAAUUGAAGGUCUAAUUUAUUAUGCGAUAAAGCACGUGACUUUCACUAAAUAUAUUUACCCUCAUUUGCAUGGGCGCCUUUUUUACGCGCGUUAAAAAAGCUUUCAGUUACAUUCUUGAUUAAAAUCUAAUUCCAAAAACCUCUCCAAAAAAGCUCAAUUA